AUGGGUGCAACUGUUGUCAUGGCCCCGACUCUGCAGCUCUCGCAGCGCCCACUUUCUGCAUCUGAGCUCUUGGGCCCAACGGGUGUCCUGUCGGCUUCACCUCUCCAUCAUUGCUCUGGCUCCGUUGCUGCCGGCUCGACUUCUCGAAGCACUGGAACCGACGCCCCGAAAUUGCCAGAGCUGGACCUGGUGGGAUUUGACUUGCCGACUUUCAAUACUGAUUUUAAACUCGAAAAUUUGGUCUUUGCCGAUGACAGAGAGCGUACUCCUGUCGCCCAUCCCAAACCGUCUUCACAACCCGAGGUAGUGGAAGCUACAACAUCUGGGACGAAGCUGCCCAGACAAGCUUCCACAGCUCGAAGCAAACGAAACUUAUUGAUUGAUAGACCUCGGUCAUGGUUGAUGCCUACAAGCAAGUUUGCCAAGGAAUUGCCAAAUGGGAGUGACGGGGGCGGCCGCCUAGAAUCAAACGUGUCUGCCCAAAGUCCCAUUGCUGCCACCACGUCGACGAAAGCGACGACGACGACGAGGACAUCACCACCUUCCCCCCUGUCGGGAAGCUCGGAAGGCUUCGCCAAUUUUGCGAGACGCUCCUGGAUCUCACGCUCUCCUCGUUCAUCUUCGCCCAAGCAUGCGUUCGAGCAGUCCGCUGCCGAACAGUUUCAACCAGGCCGUGAGGGGCUAGCUCGUACAUCCACCGUCAAGGCAUCCAAAUCACCAGCUCGAUUACAGAUCAUUACGAAUACCGACGAGACGACGGAACACACAAAACAGCAACCAGAGAAACUCAGAGCAACUGCGAAGCCGUUUACAAGGGCAACGUCAUACUUGUCCAAAAUCAAAGGCAGACACCAAAACGCCCAUCUUGGCCGGGACGGUGCUGAAUCUGACCACAGCUGCGGUUCAUCAGCCACCAGCCUUAACCGUACUUCCAACAGUAUUCGUACGAGCGCCUCCCCGUCCAUCUGCAGUGAUGGUAAUACCAACACGCCCAUUACCGAUGAGUCGUGCAACGAAAUGACGCCCAAACUCCGUGACCCGCUGUGGUCGGCUUUCAAGACUCUUGAUGUUGAGACGAGGGCCUUUGGGUCCAAGCAAACCGCGCACCGCGUUGCUCAGAUCCAUUCGGUUUUGCUGCCAUUUUUGAAACGUACACGAGACAAUUCAUCGGCUAAAACGAUUGCUCUCGAAGAUGUUGAGAGGCGAGCCAUCAUUCUCAACAAGUGGUGGAUGUCUCUUCUAGAUAUGCUCCAUGGCCAGUUACAGCAGCCCAUCCCUGGCGUGGACCGCCCGGUGCUGCUGGAAGCCGCAACGAUGCUCAUGAUGCGGCCCGAAUGGCGACAGGCGACCACGUACAUGCAGCCACUGGCGGAACGGUCACCCUCGGAACGCGUGAGGUCACGAUCAUGGACACAUGCCUCGAAAUCGACGACAGAUGGCUCCGUCCACUCGGACAUGUUUGCCGAAUCUGCAGAGCACAACAUUCGAACCAUGUUUGUGGCCAACCUGGUCAAGCAAAUGGCCUAUGUCGUGGACAAAAUGUCGUUGCGCCACGCGCCUUUAAGCUUGGUAAACUUUUCUGGAAAGACGUGCGCAUACGCCUUCUUCUUCGCCCCGGGAGUUGCCGACGUUUUGCUGCGGCUCUGGGGGCUUACACCGGAGCUCAUCAGGCGAGCCGGGACCGAGUUUGGGCUCCCUCGCAGAGACGUGGGGGAAAGUGACGAUAUCACCGCCCUGUUCCCGCCCAAGUUGGGACCGUUGGGCUGGACUUCGCCUAGAGCCAUGUGGGACGGUCUCAAGCAAAUUCCCAAGAUGCCGUUGCUCGUGGCGAGAAUACCCUGGACUGGUCCCUGGGUCGCUCGGUGGAAGGGCCGAGACACCGACCUCUUCUUCAUCUUUCUCAAGUAUUUCCACGUUCUCUCGGACCAGUUCAUCCCCCCUGGCCUGCCCCUUACGGAAAAGGCUCGGUCGCCCGCAUUUGCCCUGGUUCACGCACAGCUAUUGUCCAUUGUGGACUCGACUAUUCACCGCCAAACUGGCAUCGAACCUGUGGCGUACGCUCCCCUAAUUGACUCGGUUAACGGAGCAGACUCGGCUCUGCCCAUGCCUCUCCCACCACCGAGUAAUGCAAUCCGGGUCAUGGGCGAGAACAGGCUCGUUAUCUUGCUCAAAGACUUCUUGUUCGACGAUGGCCCGGAAAUUGCAGGUGGUAGGCAUACCUUUGCCGAAUCGUUUGCUGCCACCCUCAAGGCGGCUGCAAGCAAGACGUCGCUGUACGACAACUCUGCGUGCUUUACACUUUGCGACUUUUUGGAAGAGGUCUUGAUGGUUUACCAUGAGUUCGAGGUAACAGCUGCAGCCCCAGCCAGCUACAUUGACUGGCCUUUCUGGAUCGAGGUGUGCAAACGCAUGUCGAGCUCAAUGAACACCAUGUCUGAAGUUCGCAUGCUGUCUUUUGUCUUUACCGUCUGGGAUGCCAUGGUCAAAGACUCCCGUAGGAAGGCGGCCGUCUGCUUAGAAUGGCUCCUGACCGAGGAGUCGUUUAAUGCGUAUUUCAACAACUGGUGCCCUAUGGUUCGAGCCUACUACCAGCGCCUCAUUUGCUGGCGAAUGUGUCGAUACACUGGUGGCUCCGACGAAAUGGACAUGAAUAUCUACCUCGAGGCAGCCGCACGACUCAAGACCAAUUGGGCUCACUACCUAUACUUGAAGCAGAACGCAGAAGAGACCGGCAAAAUGGCUCCAUCAACAGCCCCCAUGUCCCCUGCCAUGGGCAAGAAGUUUAUGAUUAUUCGCCAAGAGGCUACCUCGCCGAAUCCGGGACUGUUCAUGGGCUUCGACACAUUCGCCAGAACCCCAGCAUCAUCAUCAAAACCCAAGCACCAGCUCCUGCUUGGUAUUGAUUCCCCAGACACCGGCCUACUCGGCCGCAGCGACAACGGAAAGAAGCGUUGGUCGCUGCUGGGAAAAGUCCUCGCAAUCACGUCUGGGAACAUUGUUCAACCAGCCGCCGUGGACGACGAGUAUGGACGGAUACCACCAGGCUCAGCGGGAAGCGAGACCAGUGGCGGCCUUGGUCGAAAGCUAGCCGAUCCAGCACCCCUCAUUCCAACAUCCAACUCAGGAGGGCGCCUGGGCAAGACGGGCCCUAAAGUCCCCGCUCCAUCUUCAGAUGAUGGAUCCUUGGGAUCGUCUCCCGUCUACGACGAACAGAAAUACACAUUCAAAUUUGUGCUCGGGUGGCAGCAAGCCCCCACUCCCGCUCGUGAUCGCGUCCUGACGAGACCUCGACUGCCCAUCCCAACACAGGCGCGCAUCAGCGCGAAGAAUCACAAUGUUCUCCCGCCCCUGCCUCCUCUCCCGCCUCUUCCGCGAGCCGAUGUCCCAGCCCAAACACGCCCGGAGACACCCAAACCGGCUCGCAUACCAAAGGAAGGCGAUUUGGCAUCUCUUAACGCCUCCGUCGAGGAGUGGCUCCGCAACACGCCGACUGGCAGCUUGGAGCCUGGACCCGGCAGCCGACGAAGUAGUGGUAGCGUUGCCCGACGUGACGGCGGCACACCGGGCGAAACAACAACACGCAACAACACCUUGUCCACUACCAAUACUGCCAGCGACAGCAACAGAGAGCAGCUUACGAAACCAGUAAAGCCUACUGGAAUAUAUGCCAAGAAUGCCGUGUAUUGCGGUCGUGCCCUUGCAGAAUGGGCUCAGGUGAUUUCUGAAUGCAAUAUUUUUACCGAAAGGCGCCAGGACGAUGGUGUUGAGCUACUGGCCGAUAUUGAAGUGCCUCAUCUCGGAGUGGACGGAUUCCGCCGCGGGUAA